AAGCGCAGCAACACUGUGUCCGUCCUGCGGGGCUUGUUAACUGUGUGCGACGUUUUUGCAGUUUUAAAUUCUCAACUAUCUGUUCCAAGUGAAAAGAAAAACCCACCGCAUUACCCGCAUCUUGCGACAGGUGAGACGGGACGCAUCACCUAGAGAAGUCCGUUGUCGGUGAGGAUCGGCAGAGCCGCACCGGAGGUGACAGCAGCCAUGUCGGACAGCGAGGCGAGCAACUACUCGGACAAUGAGAGUGAACGCAGCUUCCAGGCCAGCGAGCGGGCCGAAGAGGAAGAAGAGGAGGAGGAGGAGGAAGAAGAGGAGGCUCGCAGCGAGGCUGGAAGCGGGGUCGGCAUUGCUGAAGCUGAAGAAGUGCCCGAAGGUGCUGAGGAGGAACCAGAGCCUGAGGAAGAGCCUGAGGGUGAGGACCUGAACGAGGAAGAGGAGGAGUAUGACGAGGAGGAAGAAGAAGACGAGGAGGAUGAGGCAAGGCGUAAGCGGCGCAAGAAGGCACGCUUCGGUGGCUUCAUCUUGGACGAGGCCGAGGUGGAUGAUGAAGUUGAAGAUGAGGAAGAGUGGGAGGACGGAGCCGAGGACAUGAUCGACCCGCACCGACCCGCCGAGGAGACAUCGUCCAAGGAGCUCAACUCCCAUCGACGCCUGCAGAUGAUGCUCACGUCUCAGAAAGAAGACGAGAUUGAAGACUACUACCGACGCAAGUAUGCCGACACUACAGCCGCAGAGGGCGGAUACCGGGAGGCUGAUGUCGAGCUCUCCGAUGAGAUCGCCCAGCAGACCCUGCUUCCUGGUGUCAAGGAUCCUAACCUGUGGAUGGUCAAGUGCAAGAUUGGCGAGGAGAAGUCAACAGUGCUGCAGAUGAUGCGCAAGUUCAUUGCCUACCAGUACUCGGAAGAGCCGCUGCAAAUCCGAAGCGUGGUGGCUCCAGAGGGUGUCAAGGGCUAUGUCUACAUCGAGGCCUACAAGCACACCCACGUCAAGCAAUGCAUCCAGGGCAUUGGAAAUCUGCGCAUCGGCCUCUACCAACAGAUGAUGGUGCCGAUCAAAGAGAUGACGGACGUGCUGAGGGUGACCCGCGAGCAGGCACAACUGCGCCCCAAGCAGUGGGUUCGCCUCAAGCGUGGCAUCUACCGUGAUGACCUUGCCCAGGUGGACUACGUGGACACCGCCCAGGGGCAGGUCAACCUCAAGCUGCUGCCGCGUGUCGACUACACCCGUCCUCGAGGGGCCCUGCGCUCUGCUUCGAACGAGCCUGAAAAGCGCAAGAAGUCCAAGCGGCCUGCAGCCAAACUGUUCGACGUCGAUGCCAUCAGGGCGGUGGGUGGAGAAGUGACCACUGAUGGUGACUUCCUCAUAUUUGAGGGCAACCGCUACAGCCGCAAGGGUUUCCUCUACAAGGCAUUCGCAACAUCUGCCAUUAUUGCCGACGGUGUGAAGCCCACGCUGUCUGAACUGGAAAAGUUUGAAGAACAGCCCGAGGGCCUGGAAUUGGAGUUGGGUGAAACCCGCAAGGAGGAACAAGGCCAUUCGUUUGCACCUGGUGACAACGUGGAGGUCGCCGAGGGUGAGUUGGUUCACCUGCAGGGCAAGAUCAUCAGUAUCGAUGGCAACAAGAUCACCAUGCUGCCCAAACACGAGGAUCUCACGGACCCCCUCGACUUCCAAGCGCACGAGCUGAAGAAGUACUUCAAGAUGGGAGACCACGUGAAGGUCAUAGCCGGGCGUUUCGAGGGUGACACCGGCCUGAUCGUCAGAGUUGAAGACAACAUGGUGGUCCUCUUCUCUGACCUCACCAUGCACGAGCUGAAAGUACUGCCCCGAGAUUUGCAGUUAUGUGCGGACAUGGCCACCGGUGUGGACUCCCUGGGACAGUUUCAGUGGGGAGACCUGGUGCAGUUGGAUCCCCAGACUGUGGGAGUUAUCGUACGACUGGAAAAGGAGAACUUCCAGGUCCUGAACAUGCACGGCAAGCUCGUUCAGGUGAAGCACCAGUCGGUGACCAAGAAGUGCGAUGCUCGCAAAGCAGUUGCACUCGACUCCGACCAGAACCAGAUCCAGGUUCGAGACAUAGUCAAGGUCAUCGACGGACCGCACUCGGGACGACAAGGAGACGUGAAGCACAUUUUCCGCAAUUUCGCCUUCCUCCAUUCUCGGAUGAUGCUCGAGAACGGCGGUAUCUUCGUCUGUAAGACGAGGCAUCUUCUGCUUGCGGGCAGCACAAGGCAGUCGACGGGCCCCGCCAUGGGCGGCUACACGCCCCUCUCGCCCCGCAUCUCGAGUCCCAUGCACCCAUCGGGUGGUGGAGGGGGUGGUGGACGUGGUGGGGGCUUUGGUGGCGGUGGUGGCAGGGGCCGCGGAGGACGCCGAGACAGUGAGCUCAUUGGCCAGACCAUCAAGAUCACACAGGGACCCUACAAAGGACACAUCGGCAUUGUCAAAGACGCCACGGAGACGACGGCCAGAGUGGAACUCCACACCAAGUGCCAAACCAUUUCUGUGGAUCGGACACGUAUUUCAGUCGUUGGGAGUGCAAGCAAAGGCGGAAGUGGGGGAGUUUCGACGUACAACAGGACUCCCAUGUACGGCAGCGGCAGCCAGACCCCCAUGUACCAGAGUGGCUCUCGGACGCCCAUGUACGGCUCGCAGACGCCCCUUUACGAAGCGGGCAGCCGUACUCCACACUUUGGUGGUGGCCAGACGCCCCUGCACGAUGGCAGCCGGACGCCCGUGCACGGAGCCUGGGACCCAACGGCCUCCAACACGCCGGCGCGGACCGAGCUGGACGACUACACACUGGACGAGGGGUCCCCAUCCCCUUCCUACCAGCCGGCCACACCCGGGUACCAGGCGCCCGAGACCCCCCAGGGCCCGUACACGCCCCAGACACCCGGCAUGUAUGGGUCCGACCACAGCUACUCACCCUCGCCCACGGCAUACCAGCCAUCUCCGAGCCCCACCGGGUACGUCACCACGCCUAGUCCAGUCACAUUCCAGGCGGGCACACCUUCCCCAUCAACAUAUGGUGGCUACAGCCCGACGACACCUGGUGCACCGUCUCCGUUCAACCCCCAGACACCGGGUGCUGGCAUGGAGCAGUUGUCCGUGGAGUGGCAGUCCGUUGACCUGGAGGUGCGCAUCAAGGACACCCACGAGGGUGAAGGCCUCAUCGGCCAGACAGGCGUCAUCCGGGGGAUCUCGGGUGGCAUGUGCUCCGUCUUUCUGCUCAAAGAGGACCGAGUGGUCAGCAUUCCGAGCGAACAUCUCGAGCCGGUGCCACCGACUCUGCGCGGCGACAAGGUGAAAGUGCUGAUGGGUGAGGACCGCGAGGAGACUGGAGAGUUGCUCAGCAUCGACAUUCGGGAAGGCGUGGUCAAAAUAUUCAGCAGCGGCAAGAUAACAAUGCAGCCGCUGCGGCAUUUCUGCAAGAUGCAUGAAAGCUAAGGACUGCUUACUUCACCGACCCGCCAUACUUUUGUUUAAUAUGUUCCCUACACUUUCCCUUUUUUGCCUUUCAACUUCAUGCAGGUUCUCACCUCACAAGUGCUUUUUUUUUUGUUUGUAUGUGUUCAAUGAAUUGGAAAGUUGUGAUGACCAUUAGAGACUGGUUUCUUGCCACUGUGAAGUGAAUAAAACACGUUUACUCUGGUU